AUGCAAAAAAUGAGAUAUAAUCGCAAAUUGGAAGCAGCCAUCCAGAAUUAUACUUCAAGCUGUGACCUUCUGGACGAAAUUGAGGAUAUGCCCACGUAUGCUAUUCUGGACAAAAAAUUUAUCGACAGCCACAUUCGGCAGACCGAAACACAUCAAGAUCAUCUUGAGGUAUACGAAUAUCAUAUUGAGAUUCUCUUGGGACCGGAUCGUACUGUGACUCAUAUUCUGCAUCCAUUGGCUACACAGGUCGGUUGCGCAUUGAUGGCUUCACCAUGUAAAUGGCCGAGAGGUCAUGAGGAAUGGCCGACAAUCGGCAAAAUUCAAACCAUCUGCCUUGUCGGAGAAGUGUAA